UAUACCGGCCAGUUGCGUCGUACAUCCCGGCCUGUGAACAUUAAAAGAAUUCCAAGAAUCUGCGGAUUUCAAAGAUAAAAUUUCACGGAUUUUCUUUCACCACAGUUGAUGUUUUCUAGUAGAGGAGGGCCGUUAAACCGCAAAGCUAGAAAAAGUAAUUAUUGUUGUUAUUCUAACAUCAAGUGUAUACAUGUAUGGGGCGUCCUGACAAGAGCACAGAGAAACCAAAACAUCUAAUUAAGUUGUCAUUUCUCCAACCCUCCUACACACCCAUAAACCACCCACGCAGUAGUACUGCACCGAUAAUAUAUGAUAAAGUGAACCCUGAAGAUUAUGUGAAUUGUGAGAGGUUUAGGUUCUCUCAGAGUCUCUCAUCUUCUCUCUUGGAACUAGAGAGUUAAGAAACCUUGCAGAGAACGGUUCGGAGAACUAAGUUUGCUACUGAAAAGUGAAAAGUAGAUCUGUGUUUUCCAGGAAGCAAUUAAAAACGUUUGAAUAGUUUAAACUGAAGUCGGAGACGGAUAGAAGUGUCCCCUUGGGAUCCUGGAGAGAGCAGGAACAAACAGAACCUGGAGUUCCGUCUUUGUCCCGUGAAAGGUGUGAAAAAGUGCGGGAAAAAGUGUCGGAACUCUGCGUUGAAUAAUUGGAUUGAGGGGAGAGUAAGGAUUGAGUUCCAAGAAAAUCCAAUGUUUUCAGGGUUGGAUUACAGUGAUUAGUGGGUACUGGGAGCAAAAUGGGAAAUCCUGGGGACCCCGCCCCACCACAGAUGAACACACAGUGUACGGACAAACAAGCAAAACACCCAGACAAGGGUACUUCCAGUGAGAUAUUAGAGAAUAAAACCGAGGAGAAGGUUUGGUUGAAUCCGACCCUAUUCUGUGCAACCCAGAUUAAUUCCAUCCUUGAUAGAGCUCACAGUGCAUUGAAACCUCUAGAAACAGUAUUUUUAGUGAGUGUUGUACUGUGUUGUACAGUAUUAUGUCUUUAUGUAACCAGUAAACACCUGGAGCUGCAGAGGACGGUUUCCCGGCUCCAGGAUCACAUAUCUAGGGAGGAGGGAGAAACCUAUACCUGGAGAGAACGGUUAGCAGUCUCGGGUAGAAACCAUGACGAAGCUCUGGAGAUAUUGAGAACUUCAAUGUUACUCCAUGAAGCACAAAUAAGUGAACUGCAGACUUUAGUUAGCUUAUGGAGAAAUUUUUCUCCAGGUUCGGAACAACUUUCGAAACAAAAGAGAGAUUUGUCCAGGUACGACCAGUGUAACUGCAUUGGUCUUCCAGGACCUCCGGGUCCACAUGGAAAACCAGGCCAGGACGGAUAUCCAGGUCUUCCAGGAGAACCGGGACCCAUCGGACCAGAGGGUAGGCCAGGACCACCUGGAGAACCUGGUGUUCAAGGACCACCAGGAUACAGGUUUCUACCGGAUAGAGUUUCCCGACGUGGAGCUAGACGAACUGCUCUCACAAGAAUCGCCAAUGAUUACGGAUACGCUGAGGUGAUUGCAAUUAAGGGAGAUCCUGGCUCACCUGGUCCUCCUGGACCACAAGGACAAUCUGGACCUAUGGGAGUACCCGGGUUCGAUGGUACACCUGGACCUGUCGGUCCCAUGGGACCACCAGGGGAGAAAGGAGAACCCGGAUUAAAAGGAAAGCAAGGUUUGCCAGGACUUGAUGGUUCUCCGGCUAACCGGAUGCAAGCUGAUGCCGGAGUCCGCAGUUUUACAUUUGACGGUCUCUCCGGACCCCCGGGACCUCCGGGUAAACCUGGAGAGAAAGGAGAUAAGGGAGAUCCUGGACCCGUCUCUCUCUACGAUCCGAUCAACAACGCCAAGCUGAUUGUAGGACCCGCAGGGGAGAAGGGAGAGAGAGGAGAUGACGGAGCUCCGGGUCGGAGAGGGAAGAGAGGAAAGAACGGGAAGGCUGCUAGGAUAGGAAGACCAGGAUUGCCCGGAGUUAAAGGAGAAAUGGGAAACACUGGAAGUAUGGGAAUGAAAGGAGAGAAAGGAUCUGUCGGACUAGAAGGAGCUCCGGGUAUAGUCGGAGCUACGGGACCCGCUGGACCUAAAGGAGAUCUUGGCAAAACCGGGCCCCAGGGUCCACCAGGCUUCCCGGGUCAUGCUGGAUCCAAGGGAGAGAAGGGAGAAUACGGCAAUAUGGGUCCACCAGGACUCAUGGGACCACCAGGACUACCUGGACCACCAGGGUAUCCGGGUAUAAAGGGAGAUAAGGGGGAUAGAGCGGAGUCAAGAACAUCUAAGAAACUUCGGCGUCGAACUGGAAUAUAUCAGAAUGACGAGGAGUUUAUUGGUCCCGGUCUACCAGGACCACCAGGACCAGCUGGGAAGGACGGAGUGAUGGGACCACCAGGACAAAAGGGGGACAGAGGUAACGAUGGAGACAAGGGAGAAGUCGGAGAGAAGGGACACAAAGGAGAAAUGGGUCCAAUGGGGCUACCAGGUCCUAUGGGAGUCCCUGGUCCACAAGGUAUUGAGGGACCUGUUGGGCCUCUGGGUCUUACUGGACCACGCGGUCCUGCUGGUCAGAAAGGAGAACGCGGAGAUGUCGGUCAAAUGGGACAUAGAGGGGAAAAGGGACACAAAGGGGACUUUGGAUUGCCUGGUAAGAGGGGUCGGAAGGGGGACAACGGGCAAGAUGCCCCCUGCCCCCUGGGUAUUGAUGGGUUACCCCUGCCCGGAUGUGGCUGGAAUAUGAAGAAUGAAGGAGAGAGUAAAUUCUAUCUAAAAUAAAUAAAUCCCGGAUGAAGAAACAAUAAAACCAUGGAUUGUAAGAAAAGUCUAUCCUAAGAUUAACCGACUCCUUGGACACUUAUCUCCUACC